AUGGAAGAACAUAGAAAACCUCAGUUUCCACCACAAACUCAACCUCACCAACCAGGGAAAGAAUAUGUCAUGCGGCCACUUCCUCAAUCCAUAAACCCUGAGUACAAGCCUUCCGACAAACUUGAAGGAAAGGUAGCUCUGGUGACAGGAGGAGAUUCGGGUAUAGGAAGAUCUGUAUGCUACCAUUUUGCAUUAGAAGGUGCAACUGUGGCCUUUACAUAUGUACAAGGCAUUGAGGACAGAGACAAGGAUGACACACUAAUGAUGCUAGCGAAGGCUAAGUCAUGCGAUGCAAAAGAUCCAAUUGCCAUAGCUACUGAUGUUACGUCAGAAGAAAAUUGCAAGAGGGUUGUCGAUCAAGUUGUGAGUAAAUAUGGGCGGAUUGAUAUUCUGGUGAAUAACGCUGCCGUGCAGCAUUAUACCAAUUCGAUGGAAGAGAUUACCGAGGCUUGGCUUGAGAAGCUGUUUAGAACCAACAUAUUUGCUUAUUUCUUCAUGACCAAGUAA